AGAUUUGCAUUCCAGGGAACUCUCAGUUAAAAGCCAGAACCUUGACGGUUUGUCACCAGAGUGUGCUGGGACAGUUUGUUAAUUUACAAAAUUUAAUCUGCGAUUCAGCGAUGGAGAAGGACGCAAGACCUUCGUGGGAAAAUCCCAUGCAGUUUGUUCUAGCAUGUGUGUCUUACGCAGUGGGACUGGGCAACGUAUGGCGUUUCCCCUACCUAUGUCAAAUGCAUGGUGGAGGUGGGUUUCUAAUCCCAUACCUGAUCAUGCUGGUGGUGGAGGGUGUGCCCCUCUUCUACAUGGAGCUGGCCAUUGGGCAGAAGAUGCGGCUGGGAAGCAUCGGGGCCUGGAGCGCCAUUAGCCCUUACCUUGGGGGAGUGGGCAUCGCGAGUGUGGUGACGUCCACAUUCCUGUGUCUGUACUACAAUGUCAUCAAUGGCUGGGCCUUCUGGUACCUCUUUCAUUCGUUCCAGUCGGUGCUCCCCUGGGCAGACUGUCCUCUGAACAACAACCAGACAGGGUACCUGGAGGAAUGUGAGGUGGCCACACCCACACAGUACUUCUUCUACAGGGAGACACUGAACAUCAGCUCCUCCAUCAACGAGAACGGGGGCAUUCACAUGGGCCAGGCGCUCUGCCUCCUGCUGGCCUGGAUGAUCGUUUACCUCUGCAUUGUGCGGGGGGUCGAGUCCACUGGAAAGGUGGUGUAUUUUACAGCCACAUUCCCCUAUGUGGUGCUAAUCAUCUAUCUGAUCCGAGGAGUCACUCUUCAUGGGGCUUUGAAUGGAGUGAGGUACAUGUUUACUCCAAAGAUGGAGCAGCUGGCCAAUCCUGCAACGUGGAUCAAUGCCGCCACUCAGAUCUUCUUCUCCUUGGGCCUGGGAUUCGGCUCUCUCAUCGCCUUCGCCAGCUACAAUGAGCACCACAACAACUUCGAGCGGCAGGCCGUCGUGGUCUCCAUGAUUAACAGUGGUACAUCCAUCUUUGCCAGCAUCGUCACCUUCUCCAUCUAUGGCUUCAAGGCUACAUUCAACUACGAGAGCUGUCUGGAACGGGUGAGACUGCUGCUUUUAAACACUUUCGACAUGGCGGAGAACACCAUCAGCAUGGACAACAUCGAUUACUGGAUAUCAGAGCUGAACCGCACACACCCAGAACAGUUUGCAGGCAUAGCCUCCAAACUGGAAACCUGCGAUCUGGAAGCUGAACUGGACACGGCUGUGGAGGGCACGGGCCUGGCCUUCAUCGUGUACAGUGAGGCCAUUAAGAACAUGCCGCUGUCCCAGCUGUGGUCCGUGCUCUACUUCUUCAUGCUGCUGAUGCUGGGGAUCGGGAGCAUGCUGGGAAACGUCACGGCGAUCAUCACCCCGCUGCGCGACUGGAAACUCCUGUCUCGACACUUCUCCAAUGAGACCCUCAAUGGUUUGGUGUGCGUGUUCUGCUUCUUCCUUGGCCUUGGCUUCACCACCAGUUCUGGCAACUACUGGUUCACCAUCUUCAAUGACUAUGGUGCAACCCUCUCCUUGUUGUUCAUCGUCCUCAUUGAGACUGUCAGCGUCUCCUACAUCUAUGGACUGAGAAGGUUUGAAAAGGACGUUGAGGACAUGCUGGGCCACCGGCCUAAUUGGUACUGGAAGAUCAUGUGGGCAGCAGUCAGUCCUUUGCUCCUUAUCGGACUCUUCAUGUUCUACAUUGUCAACUACAUUAUGGGAGGGACGCCCACGUACCAAGUUUGGGACAAAUACUCGGGCCAGUCAGUGACGAUGGCUUACCCAGCAUUUGCGCAGGCCUUCAUAGGCCUGCUCUUGGUGUCCUCCAUGGGUUGUGUACCCCUGGUGGCUCUCUAUGUACUGUGGAAAAAGAAGAGACACGGGGUCGAGGUUACUGACAGCACCCUGUCAACUUAACAUGCGUGUGCGUGGAGAGUUAGGGGUGGAGGCUGCCUCUUCAGUGGACAAGAAGCCAAAGGCAUAAAUAAACUGGAACCUCAUUGUGUGCCAUCCAGGUUUUAACACAGCACAGAGCA